AUGAUCGGCAGUGGUAAUGCCUUACCAACACCAGCAUACGGGAUACGAGCUCGUCGGAUUCCAAUACGAUAUCUCCAGAAGCUCCACUUGCUGCUGAAAGGACUGUUGAAAGCAAAUCUAGUGUCAUUUUCCGACAACCAGUGGGCUUCACCAAUUGUGAUAGUCCUGAAGAAGAAUGGCCAAGACAUCCGACUAUGCAUUGACUAUAAAAUGGUCAACGCGGUCACAGCCAUAAUGAAGUAUGCUAUGCCGUUAGUUGACGAUUUGCUCACGGACCUAGACUCUUAUUUGUGGUUCUGCUCACUCGACGCAGUGAGUGAAUUCUGGGCCAACAUGAAAACGCAUAGGGCUCACAAGAUAUCAGCAUUCGUUUACCCACUGGGGCACUUCGAAUGGCUCCGAAUGCCAUUCGGACUUCAAAAUGCACCGAUGAUUAUGCGCUGUGGGGAUUCGUGCAGCCGACGGGUGGAUGACAAGAUGAAAGCUGCUGAAGUCCUCGCGAAGGGUCAAAACGAGUACAGUGCCGAACACUCUGCUAAGUCAUGGGGUGAACCACCGAUGGCCAAAACCAAGUUUGCGGCUGCCCAAGAAGAUGUAGGAAUUCAGGAUCCUGUAUGA